UACGGUUCCAUCAACUGGCGGGAACCAUAGCCCGAACACGGAUUUUGACUCCAGCUCGAGUACUUUGCACGGACUGCUGUCACGUCACCCCGCCCGUCUCCUCCCUGCAAUCUUAUUGCGACCAUCCCUUUUGAGCGCAUCUGAACUGGAGAGAGAGCGAGAGAAAAAAAGGAGAGAGCGAGAGAGAUCCUAAAUAGAUUCAGUCACCAACAUUACCUACCUGCUCGAGUGAAAUACGGGGAGGACGCUCAAAUACGCGCGCGUACACGCGCACUCGCUGAGUAGCAAGACAAUAUAAGGCAGAAAUAAAAAGCACAAUUGGAAUUGGAGUUUUCAACACGAAGGCUAUUCCUUAAAAAUUCAAAUAGAAGAAUACAGCUUGACUGAAAAAAGCAACAGCCAUGCAUCUAAACAGAGAAGAAGGGAACAGCAAAGGGUCUCUAUCUAUCAGUGUGUUCCUAGUAUCUCUGGGGCUGACAGUGUGUGCCGUGUGGCUAGUAGCUCUGUGUGGAGUCUGCACCUGGUGUCAACGCAAACUGGGGAAGAGGAACAAGCCUGGUGUGGAAGCAGCCAGCACCCCAGAUUCAGUUCAGAUUCGUGGCCGAGGGGAAAACAAAGCCAUCAAUGAUCUAGACAGGGACUUUUGGAAUAACAAUGACAGCAGCAACGUGCAGCAGAGAUGGAGCUCCUACCCGCCCAAGGAGUUCCUCUUAAACAUGUCCCCCUAUGCCCCGUAUGGAGACCCUCGCCUCACGCCCAAUUUUGGGGACCCCUCCCUCUCAGCCGCCUCUACUCUGGAGCACAUUCCAUCCUCAGCAGCAGCCCGUCCUCGUCCCCUGGUGCGACAGCAGAGUCUCCAGCAGCCUCUCAGCCACCAGCCCCCUCCGGGCCCCAAUGACCCCCCAGCCACCUCCCAGAGCCUGGGCCAGCUGCACACAGGGCCCGGGGGCGGGGGGCACCGGGGAGGCCCGCGGGGGGUGCGGGGGAGUCCGGCGGGGACAGGUGCUUCCCGGUACAGAGGAGCAGGAGGAGGACGCUCCAGGUCCAACCCAGGCAGCUGGGACCACAUGAUGGGACAGAUCCGCAACAGAGGACUGGAUGUCAAGUCUUUCCUCGAGGGGAAGAUGGUUGUUCUGUCUCUAGCCAUCGGGCUGGCUGAACAAGAUGACUUCGCCAACCUCCCAGAUCUACAGGAAGCACCAGCGUGCCAAGAAAACUCAACUCCACCGGACAAAUCAAGCAGGAGCCUGGGUAAGCCUGGGAGCCAGACCCCAGAUGAGGCAGGCCGCCUCGGGAACUCCUCUGUCACAGACCUGACCAACUCUGUCACCACCAGCGACAUUCACAUGCUCUCUCCAGGCUCAGAAGAGGACACAGAAGGGCCUGUGGUUGAGAAGCUGGGCCGGAUUCAGUUCAGUGUGGGCUACAGCUUCCAGGACUCCACCCUGACCGUCAAGAUCCUCACGGGCCAGGAGCUCCCCGCCAAGGACUUCUCUGGCACCUCAGACCCCUUUGUCAAACUCUACCUGCUGCCUGACAAGAAGCACAAGCUGGAGACCAAGGUCAAGAGGAAGAACCUCAACCCUCGCUGGAACGAGACCUUCCUGUUUGAAGGGUUCCCCUAUGAGAAGGUGAUCCAGAGGACCCUCUAUAUGCAGGUGCUGGACUACGAUCGUUUCAGCAGGAACGACCCCAUCGGGGAGGUGUCCAUUCCCCUUAACAAGGUGGACCUGGGCAACCAGCAGACCUACUGGAAGGAGCUGAAGCCCUGCAGCGACGGCAGCGGGAGUCGAGGAGACCUGCUGGUGUCACUGUGCUACAACCCUCAAGCCAACACCAUCACUGUGACCAUCAUCAAAGCCCGCAACCUCAAAGCCAUGGACAUUGGAGGCACCUCUGAUCCCUAUGUGAAGCUGUGGCUGAUGCACAAGGACAAGCGUGUGGAGAAGAAGAAGACGGUGACAAUGAAGUGCUGUCUGAACCCCGUGUUCAACGAGUCCUUCCCCUUCGACGUCCCCGCCCACGUGCUCCGAGAGACCACCAUCAUCAUCACCGUCAUGGACAAGGACAAGCUCAGUCGCAACGACGUCAUCGGCAAGAUCUAUCUCUCAUGGAAGAGUGGUCCGGCGGAGGUGAAGCACUGGAAGGACAUGAUGGGUAAACCUCGUAAUGCCGUGCAGCAGUGGCAUGCCCUCAAGGCCUGAUACUGUAGGUCCAGUCACAUCCACCCAGACCACCCCAGCCCCCUGCCCUGCCCUCCCACCCUAUCGUUAUGCACAAGGCUGACUCGCUGCAGAACAUGGGUACAAAUAGCCAUCCAACGCAUCCACCCUACGCAUCCACCCUCUCCUCCUGCCUGUCCUCUCUCAGAUCCCUAAUGAACUUCUCCUUCCUCUACUCCCCUCUGUUUAGCCGGAUCCUUUCUGAGUCUUGUUGCUUUUAAGUCAUACCUUCCUCUCAACCAUUGUUUUUUCUCCUUGGUCCACCUUUACUCUGUUUUACUUUGGAGCGGUACACUCUGCCAGCCCUAGGGCCUCAGCCACCAACAAAAACAGGUUCAAAUAGACCAUAUAAGAACCCUGCGUAAGGAGCUGGUGAAGGGCCUGUCUUUCAGGAAACAUUAUAUCUGUGACUGUGUGACAGACUGACCGACAAGGAAUCCAGUUCCACCAUUGAUCCUGUGUCUCUCCAUCGUUCUCCUGUGGCAGUGAGGGGAGGCUUCUUCUCUCCCUAAUCACUCCUCUCUCUGUCGUCAGAAGCGAUCUGGUUGGCUGUUCAUUUUUUUUUGUUGCUUCCCACGUUGACCCUUUGGUCUGUUCCCUUCUGCAAACACACAGAGAAUAUAACAGAAAGGAUUGAUAGAGAGAGAGAGGCAAACCAAUGGAAUAGAAGAGGGCUGGACUGUCUGGAUGAUAAUGGAAUUAGACGUGACACUGUCACUCCACCCCGUUCAUCAUCUCUGAUCUCUUUCUCUCCCACCACUGUAGUGAUUCUUCCCCGGCUGGACCCCCUUGUUGUCUGUGCGUGCUGUGGGUGAUGUGCUGUAACUCCAAAUGAAGUUCUAGAUGAAAAAAGGGG